AAAGUCUAUACUAAAAGUCAAUUUUUUAUUAUUUACUUUAAACGCAAAUAAAUUUAAUCGUAAAUAUCUAAAUAGGAAAAAAAUAAAAAACAACGAAAUUAUAAAGAGCUUAAAUUUGUGCCUAAAAAGUUAUAUAAAUUACGAAUUCUAAAAUGGGUGAUAAUCAGGAAAAGGCCAUGCAAUUGAUGGCCGAGGCUGAGAAAAAGCUGACUCAACAAAAGGGUUUCUUCAGUGCUCUAUUUGGUGGUUCCAAUAAAUUGGAAGAAGCUAUUGAACAUUACCAGCGUGCUGGUAAUAUGUUUAAAAUGUCAAAAAAUUGGACUAAGGCAGGUGAAUGUUUUUGUGAAGCUGCUAAUUUACAUGCCCGUAAUGGUAGUCGACAUGAUGCUGGAAUAAGUUAUGCUGACGCCUCAAAUUGUUAUAAAAAGGUUGAUGUUGAAAAAGCCGUCGAAUGUUUAUUAAAAUCUAUAGAUAUUUAUACCGACAUGGGACGUUUCACUAUGGCCGCUAAAUAUCAUCAAAGUAUAGCGGAAAUGUAUGAAAGUGAUCCCAAUACUUUGGAUAAAACCAUACAACAUUAUGAACAAGCUGCAGAUUAUUUUAAGGGAGAAGAAUCAGUUAGUUCAGCCAAUAAAUGUAUGCUGAAAGUAGCACAAUACGCCGCACAAAUGGAAGAUUAUGAAAAAGCCAUAUCCAUAUAUGAACAGGUGGCUGCCACUUCCUUGGAAAGUUCUUUACUUAAAUACAGUGCCAAGGAAUACUUCUUUAGGGCCGCCUUAUGUCAUUUAAGUAUUGAUUUACUUAAUGCCCAACAUGCUAUAGAGAAAUACUCCAAUCAAUAUCCAGCAUUCCAAGAUUCCAGAGAAUAUAAAUUGAUUAAGGUUCUUUGUGAACAUUUGGAGGAUCAAAAUAUUGAUGGUUUCACUGAGGCUGUGAAAAACUAUGAUAGCAUUUCACGUUUGGAUCAAUGGUAUACUACAAUUUUAUUGCGUAUUAAGAAAGCUGCUGAUGAGGAUCCUGAUCUGCGAUAAAAAUCUUUUUUUUUUAAUUUCUUUAUUUUACAUGAAACAUUUAUCGUAACCUUUUA